CCCCCCUUUCCCCUUUCCCCUCGAACCUCAAACCUCUCUCCUCUACUUCUUCGCCCUACCAAAAAUCACACUAUCCUUCUGAGAUCUCCAGAUCCGAUCCCUCCAUCGACCAACAAUGGCGGCAACCACCCCCUCCCCCCGCGAAGAGAACGUCUACAUGGCCAAACUCGCCGAGCAAGCCGAGCGCUACGAGGAGAUGGUCGAGUUCGUCGAGAAAGUCUCCGCCUCCGCCGAUAAAGAGGAGCUCACCGUCGAGGAGCGCAACCUCCUCUCCGUUGCCUACAAGAACGUCAUCGGUGCCCGCCGUGCCUCCUGGCGCAUCAUCUCCUCCAUCGAGCAGAAGGAGGAGAGCCGCGGCAACGACGACCACGUUGCCACGAUCCGUGACUACCGAUCCAAGAUCGAGACCGAGCUCUCCAACAUCUGCGACGGCAUUCUCAAGCUCCUCGACUCCAGGCUCAUCCCCUCCGCUGUCGCCGGCGAUUCCAAGGUCUUUUAUCUCAAAAUGAAGGGCGAUUACCACCGUUAUCUUGCCGAGUUCAAGACCGGCGCCGAGCGCAAGGAGGCCGCCGAGAGCACCCUCUCCGCCUACAAGGCCGCUCAGGACAUUGCCAAUGCCGAACUGGCACCAACACACCCAAUCCGCCUGGGGUUGGCUCUCAACUUCUCUGUGUUUUACUAUGAGAUUCUGAACUCUCCCGACCGCGCCUGCAAUCUCGCCAAACAGGCUUUUGAUGAGGCGAUCGCAGAGUUGGACACUCUCGGAGAGGAGUCAUACAAGGACAGCACUUUGAUAAUGCAGCUUCUCCGUGAUAACCUGACCCUGUGGACCUCUGACAUGCAGGAUGAUGCAGCUGACGAGGUUAAAGAAGCAGCAGCACCCAAGCCCACCGAAGAACCAAAGCAGUGAGCAACAUUCAUUGCUGCAAAUUAGGGUUGAGCUUCUCCUCUAUAUGUUUUUAAUAGGAGAAGGUAAUCCUGGCUAAUUCAAAUCCUAUUCCGAUUCUAGGCAUUCUUGUCCUUCCAAUUCAAUGGUUGACAAACACCGGUCUUUUCUUUUCCUUUAUUUUUUUUCUCCUUUUUAAUUAGUUUGUUUUUUCAGUUCUGUGUUUUCGAAUUGGGAUUUGAAAUAUCUGUCUUGAAUUUCCAUCAUGUUUGAUUAAUAUCGCAUAUAAUUUUAUUCGUCAUUGAUGUCUUUGGGUUA